CAGACAGGAACCCCACUAAAAGAGACCCGCAAAGGCUGCAUAAGGAGCCUACUCCCCUGUCUGUCUGUCAUCACCUCCAACAACCAGAAAAGAUGCCUAGGCUCUUCUUCUACCCAGUAGCCCUUCUUCCCUUGCUCUCCACUCUGCUCUGCUCCUGUGCGUCCCCAUGGCAGAGCACAAUAAGCACAGGCACAUCUCUGCAAGUAGAUCGUGGGAAAGUCCUGCUCGUCUCACCAGACACAACCUUCUCUUGCGGCUUCUACCCGUCCGGAAACAGCACCAACGCCUUCUACUUCUCCAUCUGGUUCACCCACGCCACCGACAAGACCGUUGUCUGGACGGCGAAUCCUUGCUCUCCGGUGAACGGCCAGGGCUCCAGGAUAUCCCUGAACCGUGAGGGCAACCUGGUCCUCACCGACGUCAAUGACUCCACAGCAUGGGAGAGCAAGACAGGCUGGGGCAAGCACACAACAGUGGCUCUCCUCGACACCGGGAACCUCGUGAUCAACGACUCGACCGGUAAGACCGUAUGGCAGAGCUUCGAUUUGCCCACCAACACCUUGCUCCCGACGCAGCAUCUGACGAGAGCAAACAAGUUGGUCUCCCAGUCAGAUAGUUACCAUGUCCUCUAUUUCGACAAUGACAACGUCCUACGCCUCCUGUACAAUGGACCGGACAUCACAAGCAUAUACUGGCCAAGCCCUGAUUACAAUGCACUGCAGAACGGCCGGACUAGGUUCAACAGCAGCAAGAUCGCGGUCCUGGACCGCGAGGGCAAGUUCUUGUCAAGUGAUGGGUUCAAGAUGAUAGCCUCGGAUUCAGGUUUGGGGAUCCAGAGAAGGAUCACCAUCGACUAUGAUGGGAACUUCAGAAUGUACAGUUUGAAUGCAUCAAGUGGCAACUGGAGUAUCACAGGGCAGGGUGUGCAGCAGAUGUGUUAUGUGCAUGGAUUGUGUGGAAAGAAUGGAAUUUGUGAGUACUCACCAGCAGGCCGCCCCAGAUGCACUUGUCCUCCAGGAUAUAAGAUGGUUGAUCCCGAGAACUGGGACAGAGGCUGCAAGCCAACAUUCAGCAUCCAAUGCGGGCAACCACAGGAGGAUUUUCAAUUCGUCAAGGUUCCUCAUGGUGACUUUUAUGGCUUCGAUCUCACUUCCAACAAGUCAAUCUCCCUCGGAGAAUGCAGGCGGAUUUGCUUGGAGAGCUGCAUGUGCAUAUCUUUCACAUACAAAGCUGGAGAGGGUUUAUGUUACACUAAAAAUGUGCUCUACAACGGCCAGGUCUAUCCAUAUUUCCUGGGAGACAACUACUUCAAACUUCCUAAGAGUGUCAGUUCAACAUCUCCAGCUGCCAAUCAUCCUGGUAUUACCUGCAGUCCGGAGAGAUCCAAGGUUAUGGUAGUGUCUGCAGAUGCAUACAUAAAAAACUCUGACCACAUAAGCUGGGCAUACCUCUACAUCUUUGCUGCUAUAUUAGGGGCAGUUGAAUUGUUUUUUAUCAUGACAGGAUGGUAUGUCCUUUUCAAAAUGCACAACAUACCCAAGUCCAUGGAGGAAGGUUACAAGAUGAUAACAAGCCAGUUCAGGAGGUUUACGUACCGUGAGUUGGUUGAAGCAACAGGGAAGUUCAAAGAAGAGCUAGGGAAGGGUGGCAAUGGAGUAGUUUACAGAGGAAUACUCGGAGACAAGAAGGUUGUGGCAGUAAAGAAGCUUACAGAUGUUAGAAAAGGUGAAGAGGAAUUUUGGGCAGAAGUAACUCUCAUUGGGAGGAUCAACCACAUGAAUUUGGUACGAAUGUAUGGGUUUUGCUCAGAAGGCCAACACAGGUUAUUAGUCUACGAGUUUGUGGAGAAUGAGUCAUUGGACAGAUACCUUUUUUAUGGCAGAGGCACUGAAAGACUGCUCUCAUGGGGUCAACGGUUCAAGAUUGCCUUGGGGACAGCAAGAGGCCUUGCUUACCUGCAUCACGAAUGCCUCGAAUGGAUUGUCCAUUGUGAUGUAAAGCCAGAAAACAUACUGCUGACACGAGAAUUCGAAGCCAAGAUAGCAGACUUUGGACUAUCCAAGCUCUCUGAGAGAGAUAGUUCUAGCUUAAAUUUCACUCAAAUGAGAGGCACAACGGGCUAUAUGGCGCCAGAAUGGGUGAUGAAUUUGCCAAUCGAUGCAAAGGUAGAUGUUUACAGCUUCGGAGUCGUGCUUCUAGAGAUUGUCACUGGGAGUAGGGUUUCCAGUGGGGUGACAGUAGACGAAGAUGAGAUGGGCUUGAUGCAAAUUCCCAGUGGGGCAACAGAAGGCGGAGAAGGGGUGGGGUUCAUGCAAUUUGUUCAGGCCGUGAAACAGAUGCUCGCUAAUGGGGCUGAACUGGAUAUAGUGGAUGCUAGACUGAAAGGGCAUUUCAAUCACAAGCAAGCAACAGUUAUGGUGAAGAUAGCUAUUUCAUGCCUUGAUGAAAGAAGCAAGAGGCCAACAAUGGAUCAAAUUGCCAGAAAUCUCAUGGAAUGCGACGAUGAAGAUUAUCAUCCAGCAUACUUUUGAUGGCAUUUUACCAGAAGCAUGAAAGCAAGCUGAACAAGGCAUCAGAAGAGAGAAAAAAAACAGCUAUGCCAUUUUCUAUGCAGUGUAUACCUUAUGUCAUGAAGUGGAAAGAUUAGAUCCAUUCUCCAGAUUUUCGGCCUUGCCUUAUUCAAAUUGUGGUUGGUAUCCUCACAGGCUGGUAGGGGGGAGUUAGGUGCAGCGCAGUAUUUUCUUUCAUGUUUGUAUGACAUUUUUACUCAUCAUGCUAUAAAUAUUUUGAUAAUGGUGGGCUCAAA